AAACAACGUGGAGUCUUACCCAGAUUACAGGUUUAGUGGCCAAGUAGCAUGGACGAAACAAAAGCCUCCCUCUCUCUCUAAAAAAAAAAAAGCCCUUGCUUCUCCAACUCAUCGUUCCUGUAUUUUCAUGAAGCUUCACCCAGUCCUUCAGUCUCACAGUCACAGCAGUCAGAGUCGGUAAUUCUAUAAUUCACAGAGAGUUCUAGAGAGAGAGAGAUGGAGAGAGGUGGAGGAGAGAGAGAGGCGAACAGGAAGAGAGGGUUUGAGAGCGAGAGAGAGCGACCGUACAAGGGGAUAAGGAUGAGGAAGUGGGGGAAGUGGGUGGCUGAGAUUAGAGAACCCAAUAAGCGUUCGAGGAUUUGGCUCGGCUCUUACUCUUCCCCCGUGGCGGCGGCUCGAGCUUACGACACGGCGGUGUUCUAUCUCAGAGGCCCAUCGGCCCGCCUCAAUUUCCCUGAGCUCUUAGCCGGUGAAGCCGGCUGCGGCGGCGCCGAAGACAUGUCCGCCGCUUCGAUUAGAAAGAAAGCCACCGAAGUCGGCGCACAAGUCGAUGCUGUUGAAACCGCUUUACAUCAUCCUCAUCCUCAUCACCAACACCAACACCAACAUCAGCAACAACAACAUCGUCCUUCGACAGCUAAGACGGAGUUCAAGACUACAUGUGGUGGGUUCGUGGACUUGAAUAAGGUACCUGACCCGGAGAAUUCAGAUGGGGAGUGGGAGAGGAACUAGAUUGAAAAUAAAAAUAUCUUAGCUUUUGGGGGUUUUUUUUUUUUUUUUUUCCUAUGUUUCUUUCUAGUACAGUACUUCGUACGUGAAUUUGAAGGUGGUUGUCGCUAACAUGCGCUAGGGAGGUAUGUCACUGACGGCUGAAAUGAUGCGGCUCUCUCUCUCUGUCCUGUUUUUUGUGUACUUUACCUUCAGUUUUAGUUUUUUUCUUUUUAGCUUUUUUUUUCUUUUCAAUUUAACCAAAGAAAUUUUGGCAUUGUAAAAAUUAUAAAUGUUAUAUUAGCUAGUUAUCAGUA